AUGUCGGCAUAUGAAUCAAACGCUUACUUUACAGGCAACGGGACAUUCAAGUCUAUAAAUCCCAUUCUGUCUAAAGUGGGGGAUUUCACUCCUUUCUAUAUCACGAUAGCUAUCUGCUCUGUCAUCUUGGGCUCGCUGCUUGUCAUCAAUUUUGUUUGCUGUUGUUCGCGCUACUCUGACUAUUGGCUCGAUCGGCAUACUGGUAACAGGUGGCUGGUAUCUAUAUGGUCGGCGACACCCCACAAACAACCACCUCUUGACUUUACUGAACUAGAGAGUCAAUACCAGCCAGUGGAGUACGUGCAUCCUUAUCACACUGAGGAUUAUCAAGAAGUGCAUCACGAAGUGAGGCAAUCUAUAUCACAGCAACCACUUACCACAUCACAAGAAUAUCUAGAACUUCAUAAGAAGGAGAGUGACAUAUAA